CACGUCGUCCAGGUGCUGAGAACGUUGUCCACCCCCUAUCCGAUUCCCUCUUCGGGACGUUUUUUGAAUUUAGCCUUAGGUGUUUAAAAGUUUUUGGUCAAAAGACAGGAUAAUUAUCGCUUUAGGUAUUUCGCUUGACGACAAACCAAAACGAAUCAACAACGUUACUGCUUAGUACUUACAGAUGGCUUCCGUCGCAACGAAUAAACCACUGAAACCAGCGAAAAAAGCGAAGGAAUUUGAGAUUUGUGAAAAGAUGAAUUUGAUCGACGCCGAGCUGGUUUCGUUCUACGAGUUCUGCGAACAGAUGGGCUUUACAUCCAAAGAAAUGGAAGUGAUCUGCUCACCUCUCAACGACAUCAUGUGCAAAAAUAACUUCAAGAAGCUCAUCAAACUCAUUGUCAUCCUUUCUGUGUUAUUUGGCUUUGCCUACGGAAGUUCGCAAAUGACUUCGAUCACAGUCCAUGCCACAGCACUUGGAAGAAUCGCAUUGAUCAAAGUUCUUUCUUUAUGGGACUGGAGAUAUUUAUUUUAUGAAUCAUGCCUUCUCGAAAACCCCCUUUAUGGAGAAUAUACUUUAACAAAGGAUGACUGCAUUACAUGUGAAGCUCUGGAUUCAAUAACUGUCAUUAAUAGAAUCAAUUACGAGCUUCUUCUUGACAACUACUUCAACCGAGAUAUUCCAGUUAUAAUAACUGAUGCAAUGGAUAAAUGGCCUGUCAUGAUUACUGAUGAGUUUUAUUUUGAUAAUAUUACACAGCUCUAUUUCCAGGAUGAAAAGCUUAUUGAUACAGUCCCUUGUGUGCUAACUACAAAUUUAAGAAUGGGUUCAUCUGACCUAGUGGCAUUCUUGAAAAUAAUAAGCAAUCCUUCUGUUACUAAGUGGUUUGUGCACUGGCAAAAUUGUGACAUCCAUGCAGUAAAAGCACUGAGAAAGUUUUACCAGAGGCCGUACUUUUUAUCAAAUACAAUUUCACCGGCGCAUUUCAACUGGGUCUUAAUGUCAUCAGAUUACCGUUCAAGCAAUUAUAAAAAAGUGGAACUUGAUUUUGGGUUAAUAAUGCUUCUCCAAUUAAGAGGGCUGACAUCUUUUCGACUUACACCACAUAAACCUUGUAACGAAUCAUGUGCAACUUUGACAGGAGAUCUUCAUCAGGGUGAGAUCUUGGUAUUCAAAAACUAUAUGUGGACAUUUGAAUAUUAUCCUGGUAUUGGCUUGGAUAAUAUUGCCAUUCUGUCAGAAACAGUCUGGGAUCAAAAUUCUGUCACCAAGUAAUAUUUUGACGUUAAUUUAAUUGAUUUAUGUUACCGUCUGCUGAUAAAUGAAUAAAAUUCAAACGGCCAUAUUACUUAAAGCCAGAUAUAAUAUUGUCUGAAAGAUUUAUACAUUUAUAUUAUAUAUUAUGUUUAAUUUGUUUUUGUCACUUGUGUUUCUU